UUCUCUCUCUCCUAACUCUUGUGAGAUUUUUUUUGAUCGUCAGCUACAUUUUCAGCUUUGUGAGAAACCUCAUCAUCAAAGGAGAUGGCUAGCAAUAUUACCAACAAGACAGAUCCUCAGUCCAUGAAUUCCCGUGUUUUCAUUGGGAAUCUCAAUACUCUGGUGGUCAAGAAGUCUGAUGUGGAGGCCAUAUUUUCAAAGUAUGGCAAAAUUGUGGGUUGCUCUGUGCAUAAGGGCUUUGCCUUUGUCCAGUAUGUUAAUGAAAAAAAUGCCCGAGCUGCUGUAGCUGGAGAGGAUGGCAGAAUGAUCGCCGGCCAGGUUUUACAUAUUAACCUGGCUGCAGAGCCAAAAGUGAACCGAGGAAAAGCAGGUGUGAAAGGAUCUGCAGCGGAGAUGUACGGUUCCUCAUUUGACUUGGACUAUGACUUUCAACGGGAUUAUUAUGACAGGAUGUACAGUUACCCAGCAUGUGUUCCUCCUCCUCCUCCUAUUGCUCGAGCUGUGGUGCCUUCCAAACGCCAGCGUGUGUCAGGGAACACCUCACGAAGGGGCAAAAGUGGAUUCAAUUCGAAGAGUGGACAACGGGGAUCUUCUUCCAAGUCUGGAAAGUUGAAAGGUUAUGACCUUCAGGCCAUUAAAAAGGAGCUGACUGAGAUAAAACAAAAAGUGGAUUCUCUUCUGGAAAGCCUGGAAGAAAUUGAAAAAGAACAAAGCAAACAAGCAGUAGAGAUGAAGAAUGAAAAGUCCGAAGAAGAGCAGAGAAGUGCCUCUGUGAAGAAAGAUGAGACUAAUGUGAAGCUGGAGUCUGAGGCAGGUGCAGAUGACUCUGCUGAGGAGGGUGACCUGCUGGAUGAUGAUGAUAAUGAAGAUCGGGGGGAUGACCAGCUGGAGUUGAAGGAUGAUGAAAAAGAACCUGAGGAGGGAGAAGAUAACAGAGACAGCACCAAUGGGGAGGAUGACUCUUAA